GAACUGAUAACACUAUUAGAUGAAAAUUAACAUAGAAAGCAAAUAGGCUAAUGAAAACAUGAAUAUGGCGAUUAUUGUUAUUUUCACUUAUUAUUAUUUAAUGAUAUACAAAAGUGGACAGACAUUAGACAGUCAACAUUUCUAAGAAUAUGUUUGAACAUUUUGAGCUGUAUUUCCUAUCACGAUUAAUGAAAAACUAUAUAAAUUAAUAUAAGUACAAAAUGCAAUUGAAUUUUAAUAAAGAAUUAGUUUUGAAUUACAAAAUCAAACAUUUUUUAUUACUAUUUAAAAUACUACCUUUUAAAAAAUAUUUGUAUGAUAUUGGAACAAAAGUCGUAAAUGUUAAACAAUAAAGGAAAGUACAAAGUCUAUAAUUUUAAUGAUGACACAUUGUGAAAAAUUUUUGUCAAAUGAUCAAAAUAUUGAUUCAGAAUGCAAUUCUGUCUCAAAUGAUUUUAAAUCAUUAGCUAAUCAUUCAAAUACAUAUGAAAUUCCGCAGGAAAAAAAGUAUAGUAUUAAAUUAUUUGAUUUUAAUUACAAAAAUUGUAAUGAUUCAUUAUCAAGUCUAAAUUACAAGAUAUCAAAUAGUACAGAUGAUUUUAAUGGUGAAUUAAUAGAGUAUGAAAACUGUGCAAAACUUGUUGAUAAAAAUGUUCAAAAUAUAGUUCAGCUAAAUAAUGCUUUUAAGGAUUGUAUUAAUGUUGAUAACCUAAAUUUAUCUAGUGAUAACAAUAAUUGUCUGGUUAAUUCUAAUAAGGUAAAUGAAAAAAAAAAAUCACUCGAAAUGUGUAGUGAAAACCGUAAAAGAAAACUUUCUGAAUCAAAAAAAUUAAGUUGUAGUAGUAGUAGUAGUAGUUGUAGUAGUAAUUAUGAUACAGAAAGUGAUAAUUCUUGUAAAAAGAAAAAAAUACCAAAAUCUAAAAUUAUGAAUAAGUUUAAUUUUCAAAGACAAAAACCAAAAUCUUGUAAAGAAGUUGCUGUCGGUAUUCCAGAUAUAUUUACUGAUCAAUCUCAAGAAGUUGAAAAAUGGAGAAAUACUUUAGAACGAUUUUUACAAAAAGGUUUAUGUUUAGGUUUACCACCAAAAAUUGAUAAAUGCAUUGAAUGUCGCUCUUACCAGUCAAAAAAAAACUUGACUAAAAGAGAUUAUGACAAUAUUACUUGUAGAUUUUAUGCAUUCCGUCAAUUACGAUUCACAAAAACUGGGCGGCUAUCUGUUGCUGGUUAUCCAGAUCCAUAUAAAGAUAUGAAUAAUGCUGAUUUAAAAAUGUGGCUUCCUGAUUCAAAUAAUGUUCCAGAUAAUUUUGAUGUACAAGUAGCAUUAAAAGUCUUAGAAGAUACUGGAGGUCAGUUUUGUAGGUUUGUUCAGGAUGAAAAUGAAGCUUUAUAUUUAAAUUGGCCUAACAGACGUAAAAAACGCAAAGUAGCUUGGAAAAAAUGUGUUAAUGGAAUUCGCGAGAUGUGUGAUGUUUGUAAAACAACAAUAUUUAAUCAUCACUGGGUUUGUGGAAAAUGUGGUUUUGUAGUUUGUGUUGACUGUUAUAAAAGUAGACUCUUAAAAAGCCCAUCUAUUUCUCCUAACAGUAAAAAAAAUUAUAAGAGGAAACGAGAUAAAGAAAAAUGGUUGUAUUGUUCUGAUCAAGUAGAACAUCAAGUAGAUCAUUUAACCAUUACACAAAUUCUUGCUGGAGAUGCUUUAAAUCUUAUGUCUAAAUAUAUGCAUGAUAUUUGUUAUAAAAAUAAAAUACUUUUGGAUUGUAAUUGUUCUUUACAGUCAAAUAAAAAUUUACCAUCAAUUAAUUUAAAUCCUAUAACUGAUAUGUUCAUGAACAAUAUAAACAGUAGUUCAGAUGAAGAAGAUGAAAUUGAUACUCCAGCGUUGAAAAAGCUAUUAAGUAAACAAUGUUUUGAUUUUUUCCUUAAAAGUAAAGAAGAUGAAGAAAAAGUAAAUUGUUUAUUCAAUUUAACAAAUCCUAUUACUGAUCAAAUAGAAACAUCUAUAAAUACCAAAGAAAUGUAUGCACCAAAAUUAUCACUACUAAUUGAAAGAACUACUAGUGUUCCUCACACUUGGCUAUGCGAUGGACGUUUAUUACGUUUACUUGAUCCAAAAAAUGUUGAUAAUUGUUAUCUAUUUCAAGAUCAAUGGAAACGAGGACAACCAGUAAUUGUAAGUGAUGUAGGGAAAAACUUGAAUUCUUCAUUAUGGCAUCCUGAGUCAUUUUCACGUGAUUUUGGUGAUCAAAAAAAUGAUUUGAUUAAUUGUGCUAGUGGUAAGUUAGUUCCUAAUCAGCCCAUGAGUAAAUUUUGGAAUGGUUUUGAAAAUGCUUCUGAGCGUUUAUGUGACAAUAGAGGUAAUUCUAUGUUAUUAAAGUUAAAAGAUUGGCCACCUUCAGCUGAUUUUGCUGAAACCUUACCUGAUAGAUUCCAAGAUUUAAUGAAUUCACUACCUUUAAAAGAAUACACUCAUCGUGAUGGUAAAUUUAAUUUGGCAUCUCGCUUACCUGAAGGUUUUGUUCGCCCUGAUUUAGGACCAAAAAUGUACACAGCAUAUGGUAAUGCUGGUACAAAAUAUAAACUUUUGGGCACAACUAAUUUGCAUUUAGAUAUAUCAGAUGCAGUAAAUGUUAUGGUUUAUGUUGCAAUCACAAAAAAUUGUAAAGAAUUUGAUUACAAUUGGCAUGUUAAAGAAGCCUUACAAGUAAUUGAAGAGGCAGGGUGUGAUAUUUUAACAAAAAAACGUGUUUAUGAGCAAGGAGAAAUCCCAGGAGCUUUAUGGCACAUUUAUCAUGCAUCUGAUGCUGAUUGUAUUAGAGAUUUUUUAAAUAAAGUUUCUAUUGAACAAGGAAUUUUCCCAGAACAGCAUCAUGAUCCAAUUCAUGAUCAAUCUCAUUAUUUGGAUGCAUAUCUAAGAGAACGUUUAUUCAAAGAGUAUGGAGUCAAAGGUUAUCCAAUUGUCCAAUGUUAUGGUGAUGCAGUUUUCAUUCCCGCCGGCGCACCCCAUCAGGUAAGAAAUUUGCACAACUGUAUAAAAGUUGCUGAAGACUUUGUUUCUCCUGAAAAUGUGCACCAUUCCUUUCGCAUGACACAAGAGUUUCGUGAUCUCACUGAUAGUCAUACUAACCAUGAAGACAAAUUACAAAUAAAGAAUAUUGUAUUUCAUGCCAUUAAAGAUUCUCUUUCAGUACUUAUGAAUCAAUGUAAAUUAAUUUAAGAGUAUUUUUCAAUUUGUAUUAUGUAUUUAAAUGUAGACUGAAUUAAUAAGAUAUUAUGUUAAAUAUUGAAUUUCAUUAUUAUAUUGUAAAUAAUUUGUUUUAAUUAUUUUUAAUGAAAAAAUAGAAACUUAGUUGCAAAGUA